GCUGAUCAUCGUGAGAAGAGAAAGUGAAAAUAGUGAAUGAGUCAGAUGAUGUCUGAUUCUUGGUUUUGGUGCUCCCAAUUGAUUUAAAUCUAACCGAUUUUAUUUGGUCUGUACAGUUUUUCAGAUUGCUGUAACCAAAUGGCAGAUAUUGAAACUGCCAAGCCAUUUUCCGUCCUAUUUGUAUGUUUAGGAAACACAUGUCGAUCCACAAUGUCAGAGGGUAUAUUGCGUCAUUUAGUCAAGGCAAGGGGCCUACAGGAUAAAUGGGUUAUAGAUAGUGCUGGUAUUGCUGAUUGGCACAAAGGCAAACCCCCAGAUGAGUUUACAGUGGCAAUGUUAGAGAGGAACGGUAUGAUGGAUGGCUACCACCACAGAGCCAGACAGAUAACGAAAGAAGAUUUUGCAAAGUUUAAAUAUAUUCUGGGUAUGGACAAUUACAACAUCUGUUGCCUUCAGGAAAUUGCUCCUUUACAGCACUCAGCAAAAGUCAGUUUAUUAGGACAAUACGGAAUAGAUGGAGAGAAACAACAAAUUGAUGAUCCAUACAUGGCUGACAUAGAAGUGUUUGAGGAGGUGUACGCAAAGUGCCUGAGGUGUUGUCAGAGGUUUCUAGAUUCUCAGGAGUAGAAGCCGAUUCCAUGUACAGAACUACAGCCCUACAUGUACGUUGAAUGGGUUACAAUGUAUGAAGAAGCUGUUGCAAAGUUGACUACCCAAGUAUACACUGUGAUAUGUAUAGACAUAUCAUUUACAUGAGUUGUAAUUUUACAGGAUUUGUAGAGCAGCUAGAUUCUCAAAGAGCCUUUUUAUUGGUUUUUCUACACCUCUGUAAACCCCUUAUCCAUCUCAGUGAUGUAUCUAGUGUCACAGUAGAAUUUCUCUUCAUCACUGCUAUAUUAAUCACACAUCAUUUUAAUUGUCAAAUGAAUUCUUUUUUUUCUUUUUUUCAGUACAAAUAUAUCUUUGCCAUCCACUCACAUCACACCACUCACAUACAAGUUGGGAAAGUAAACAUAACAUAACUACAUAUUAUUCCACUUCUAAGAGGCAUGCCCAUUUUGAUCAUUUUUUCUGGUAAAAUCGGCAGAAAAUACUGCUCAUUAUUUCCGAAAGUGACUGAGAAAAAGUGCUAAUUAUUAUUAUUUUUUUUUUAAUGUUAAUUAUUAAUUAAAGCUUUAAGAAUACUCACCUUAAAACUUUAUUGGGGUUUCGCUCUGCAGUGCCCUAUGGUAUUCAGUCUGGCCAUCCAUCUGCUCAGUCAACAUUACUUAUCCAGAGCAAAUUUAAUUCUCUCCCCUUGGCCCAAUCUGGCUCAAAACAAAGUCCUCUAAAAUGAUUUUCAUCCUUAUGUUCUAUAUUUACAUUUGACACUUUGAGAUUGUUACCAUUUAAAUGAUGUUAAAUUUAUUGAUGACAUAUUCAUCAAGCAAGUUUUGGAUAGAAAAAAAAUCAUCAAAACAAAGGGUGUUUUUUUUUCCACGCAAAAAAAUAAGCACAAACAUAUUAACCUUAUCAAAACAUUACUCAAACCGAAAGAAAUUUAUUUUUAUACUUCUUUUAAUGAUGGAAUGAAUUUCAGAAACAGUCUGGUAUACUGUAGAAACUCAAAUGGGAACCUUUGGAACACAGAAGAAAUAGAGCUAAACUAAUAAGUAUGUACAAAAUGUACAAUAACUUAAGUGAUUAGUACCUACUUAUAUACAAAACAUUGUAUUAUAUACGAGAGGCAGUGUUUCAAGUUACACAACUAAAACUCUCUUGAUUACUCUGUUCCAAAAUUUAGAUUAGAACUAUUCAAUAAAUCAUUUAUUCCUGAUACUGUCAGAAGAUGGAAUGCCCCAAGUCCUAAAACAAAGGAGGCAACCUCUAUUAAAAUAUUUAAAAAAUGUUUAUAUAAUGAUAUGGUAAAGCCUCAGAAACAUCUUUCAUUUGGAAAAAGAUUUUCAAACAAAUUCAUAAAUGAUUGAGACACAAUUCUGACUUAUUCCACUGCAACUUAAUAGCCAGUCCAAACUGUUCGUGUGGCUUAUUAGAAGAUGCAUAUCUUUUGUUUUUUGUCUGUGAAAAAUAUACAAGCGCUCGAAUUUUUUAAUGAAUAAGCUAAUAUUCACAUUACGUUAUGUUCACAUUAUAGACCCACAUUUACUGUUAUGGGGGAAUGAUUCUUUGACAAAUACACAAAACACUGAAAUUUUCAAGACGGUACAGAUUUAUUUGAGUGAAUGUGGUCACUUCUCAA